CUUAUUUUAUUUCUGUCUUUCCUUUAAGCCUAAAUAGCACUUUAGGUGUAUGUAGAGACUAUGGAUUUGAAUCUCUGUUUGCCAGACUUUGGCCAAAUAAUUAGGUAAAACAGACAAUUGAGUGGUGUAGUAAACUCUGAUGGACUGAAGAAGUCCAGCGGAUGAAAAUUAGUGGCAGCCUGUGUGUUUUCCUACAACCAAGGAGGAUACUCUGUGUCCUUUCCAGGCAGCAGCAGCAGCAGCAGCACGUGUUGGUGACAGGUACAGCACCUGAUGCUCAUUCAGAUUGCGUCACCCACUAGUAAGGACAUCAAGACCAGGGAAAGGAGGAGCUAUCAAAGAGGGGGAAAGCAUGAUGCAGUAUUUUCUGAAAUGAUAGCAACCAGGAGAAAGGAAGGAGAACUGAAGAAAGAAGAGUCCUGAUAGAGUCUGGUCACUUUAUUCACAGACAUCUCCAGCAUCUCCUCCUCACACACUCACACACACACUGUCCUCCCGGCUUGUCCCUCCCUCCACCACAGAGUACCAGGACAUCUUAUCAGUCUGGAAUCAGAGGGAAGACCUGGCAACGACAGUCAUAGUGUUUCGUCAGACAAGCCUUAGACAUCCCACUGUCCAUCAGUGUCCUUUCACACAGCUCGCAGCCUGGAACGGACAGCCCGGCGUUCCCCCGAUUAAAAUGAAGAAGAGUGAUCAAGCUCGCACAGAGCAUCAGCACAGUGGCGAGGAGAAAGAGAGGGAGCUGUGGCGGGAAAAGGAGGACAAGGAGCGGCAGCACAGGAGGGCUGAAAAGAAAAUGCUGGCUUUCUGGAUGUCCUUGUCCCACAAGACCUGGACACUCUUCAGGCACCGUAAGAGGCCGGCCUUCCAGCGGUCCACCUCGGCCGUCCGGCUACUGAAGAGUGAGGCAUGAGGAGGGACAGUGUGUGUGCAUGUACGUGUGUGUGUGUGUGUGUGUGUGUGUGUGUGUGUGUGUGUGUGUGUGGAGGUCUGUCAGUAGCAGAGUGCCAAAAGAGGCCUCACAGACCUGCUGUCAAGUGGACGUGUGUGUGUGUGUGUCUAAAUAUAUGUGUGUGUGUGUGUGUGUGUGUGUGUGUGCACUGUUUAAGUGGAUAAAAGCAGCUUCUUUCAACUAGUCCACCAUCUGCAAAAGUACUUUGUGUUGCUGGAGUGAAAGGUGAAGGGCAGAACAAGCUUGUUUAGUCCACCUGUCACAUUUAUUUGCAAAACUUCUUGAAAGAAACCAGCAAAGAACCAUCACCUGUGAUUUUGGGAACAGUCAAAACAGGAAAUCCAGUUAGUGUUCCCGCGGUUGAAAUGGAUUAUUUCCAAAGGAACAUCCUUCUCAAAUCAGCUUGACUGAUUCAGCAAAACAGCUUGGAAGCGGAUUUUUGCGGUGUCCUUCCCUACCGACGCUACAACCUGGCAGGAGUGAGUUAAUGGGGAUAAGCCAUGGUGGUGACAAAUCUUUCUCUGGAGCUGCGUUUCCGAGGGAAGAAGCUGAGGGGCUUCACGUGCAAAGUGACCCGCUGGGCCCACGGUUUCCUGCCUGAGAGCUCUUGGAUCAUGGCUGCCCAGAUCCUUCUGCCGUACCUGUUGUCUGGCCUGGGCAUGGUGGCGGCUGGGAUAGUCAUGGAUGUAGUGCAACACUGGGAUGUGUUUAAGGAGAUCUCAGAGGUGCUUAUCCUGGUGCCGGCCCUGGUGGGGCUCAAGGGGAAUCUGGAGAUGACAUUGGCAUCCAGACUGUCAACAGCAGCCAACACGGGGCAGAUGGAUGAGGCUCAGCAGCAGUGGAGGAUGGUGUUGUGUAAUCUGGCUCUGAUUCAGGUCCAGGCCACAGUUGUGGGCUUCCUGGCAGCGGUUGUAGCAGUGGGCCUCGGGGGUCUGACCAGGGGGAGAGUGGAUGUUCUCCAGGCUGCUGUCCUCUGUGCCAGCAGCGUCACCACUGCUGUAAUCGCUGCUCUGUCUCUAGGUCUUUUGAUGGUGGCAGUAAUUAUUGGAUCCAGGAAGGUGGGCAUCAACCCAGAUAAUGUGGCCACACCCAUCGCUGCAAGCCUCGGAGACCUCAUCACUCUGUCUCUGCUUGCUUAUGUCAGCAGCCUCUUCUUCUGCCACAGAGACAUGUGGUACCUUCCUCCAGCGGUGUGUGGCUUCUUCCUGCUCCUCAUCCCAGCGUGGGUUGUUAUAGCCCGUCGCUCUCCACCCGUCAGCGACAUCCUAAAGUCAGGCUGGCAACCAGUCAUUUUGGCCAUGUCCGUUAGCAGCAUUGGUGGUCUGAUUCUGGAUAAGACCAUAGCCAAUCCAAACUUUGAAGGUAUGGCAGUGUUCACUCCAGUCAUCAACGGUGUAGGCGGCAAUCUGGUGGCCAUCCAGGCCAGCAGGAUGUCCACCUACCUCCACCAAUGGAGUGUUCCUGGAGCUCUUCCAUUUGUGAUGGGUGAGAACUGCCCUGGACCCUGUGCAGCCCUCUGCUCCUCAGAUGUUAACUCUAAAUCCGCCAGAGUCCUGAUCCUUCUUGUAGUCCCGGGUCAUCUCAUCUUCCUGUACACCAUCCACCUCCUGCAGGGAGGCCACACUGCCAUGACGCCCACCUUCAUCGUCUGCUACCUGUCUGCAGCUUUGCUUCAGGUGGUGAUUUUGCUUUACGUGGCCAGCCUGAUGGUGCGAUGGCUGUGGCGAAGGGGACUGGAUCCAGACAACUUCUCCAUCCCCUACCUCACAGCUCUGGGUGACCUGUUGGGGACCGGAUUCUUGGCAUUGAGCUUCAGGUUGAUCUUGAUGGUCAGUUCUUCUGGGACUGAAGUUUGACACACACGUGAUCCUGUACACCCUGAGUGUCCUGCUCUCUAGUAUACAUGAGUGGCUGAAAGACACUUGCAAAGCUCUUGGAUUUAAGAAGGAAGGUGAAGAUCAACGAACAUAAAAGGUUGAGUAUGGCGUUAUGUUUGUGCCUCAAUACUGAGCAUCCUAAUGGGACAGAAGAAUGUGUUUUGGUAAGC